AUUCAGCACCAGUCUUUGGUUUUAUCCAUGACACUUGUGGGUAGAAGCAGUCAGAAUAAAUCUGUCCUGUAAUGUUCAGACCUGUAACCUGCACAUUGGGUCCAGAUGCUCCUCCCCCUGAGAGCGGCCCCACCUGUCUCCUGGGGCUCCUCCCCCUGAGAGCGGCCCCACCUGUCUCCUGGGGGCCAGAUGGGAGAGUUCCCACUCUUUCAUAUCUUAUUAAAGGGCCGGUACUACCUGUGUAGAUUCCAUGCAGAAAUCCGAUGUACCUAGAGUUCAGCGGUGUAUGAGUGAGAGCCACAGUCCUGCUCCCACAAUGCACUGAGCUCUGGGAGUUAUUUGUAGUUCAGUGUUGUCGUCAUGCAGAGUCUUUGCUUGUAAAUAGGUGCCCAGUUUGAGUGGCAGCCUCCCCUGUCCUUGUGCCACCCGUAUGGCCGGGGAUCACUUUGUGGACAGAGGGGCUGUUUUUAUCUGCCCCCCCCACUCAGGGACUGUCUGUGUUUACAUGGAGUCUGCUCCCUUCCCUGUGUCCAGAGUGAAUGUUAAACCUGCCGCCUCCCAGAUCAGCACAACAUGAGUUAAUUAGUCGUGGCAGCAGGUUAAUGACAAACUGACAGUGAGGGGGUGAAUAAAUGGGCCCUAGAGUUUUGCUCUUCUGCGCGAGAGUCUCCACUCCCAGCACCUCCUGACAGCAGUGCUAUUGUAGUUCAGCAACUUCCAUGUGGCACUGAGACUCUAAACAUUACAUAUUGGGUAAUUUGGGGAUAACCUGUUAAACUUUCACUGACUGAUAAGGGGUCAGGACCCGAUGUACAGCUGCUGGUGUCUCGCGUCCCCCCGUGCUGUUUCCUGUCUUUCUAUUGGCUGGGGGCUGCCCUCCUCCUGUACUCACAGCCGGUUACACUUUAUCUAAUGAUUGUGUGAGUAACACACGCGGCACAGACUGGUGGGCAACAUGCGGCUCCUGGGCAGGUACCUGAGACUCGGGUCCCCUCGGCUCUGCUCUGGGGUCUGGCCCACAGUUCCACCCUCCUGCUCUCCCCACAGUACGGCGGCUGCUGCCCAGGCUCAGGGGGCUCUGAGUUUCUCCGAUGGGGGGGUAUUUAAACUGAAGAGCAGCUGGGAAGUGGCCCGUGGGCUCCUGAUAUUUAGGAUGUGCUCAUUCCCGAGUCUGGUCAAGCAUUCAGAGAAGAUGCUGUCUGUCUCUCGUCGCCUCCUGGGCCGCCGUCUCUUUGAGUGGGGCAUGAAGGGCUCAGUAUAUGGGCAGUUUGUAGCUGGGGAGACCCUUCCAGAGAUCCGAGUGUGUGUGGAUCGACUGAGGCAGUUGGGCAUCCAUCCCAUGUUGGCAGUGCCCAUUGAGGAAGAUCUGGGCCAAGCCAAAAGCGGAGAGCGCUGGUACGAGCAGAACAAGUCGAUCAUGUUGGACUGUGUGGAUCUCUCGGCCGCUGGGGGGGACCGACCCAUGAUGCAACUGAAAAUCACUGCUCUCAUGAGCGCCGAACUGUGUAAGCUGCUGUCUGUGCAUCUCUCCCACCCAUCCAAUGGGCCCCAGCUGUGUCCCAGAAGCAUUGUCUCAAUCAUGGAGGGGAAGGAAUCCGCAUUUUCCUUCCUGUCGGAGGGAGAGAACAGUCACUUGCGGAACUCUGUGCGGAGACUGAGCCGCAUCGCUAAGCAUGCAACAGCCAAUAGGGUGCGUGUCCUGGUGGAUGCAGAAUACACCUAUAUGAACCCUGCACUCAGUCUGGUUACCAUGGCAAUGAUGUCCCAGUGCAACCAAUCAGAGCCUUGGAUCUGGAAUACCUACCAGUGUUACCUGAAGGACUCCUUUUCCCUCCUCUCUCUGGAUCUGGACACAGCUCGGAGCCUCGGCCUUUGCUUUGGGGUGAAGUUAGUGCGCGGCGCCUACAUGGACAAAGAGCGGAAACUGUCCAAACAGAAGGGUUACGCUGACCCCAUCCAGCACGACUGGGAAGCCACCAAUAGAAGUUACCAGCGCUCCCUGGAUAAAAUGCUGGAUCUGAUUGGCCAGAACGGGCAGCGGCACAACCUCAUCGUAGCCAGUCACAACGAGGAGUCGGUUCUCCAUGCAGUUACCAGGCCAGGCCGGCUACCUCGUCUAUAAGUCUCUCCCGUAUGGAUCCGUGGAUUCCGUCCUUCCCUAUCUGAUCAGACGAGCCCAGGAGAACCAGAGUGUCCUGCAGGGGAUCCGUAAAGAGAGAGACCUCCUCCGACGGGAGCUCAAGAGACGCCUGUUUAACCAGC